AUGCACACUCAACAACAACACUACGGAUCUUCAGACACAGAAGAAGACAGUGAACCAGAUGCGCAAGCAUAUCUUGCAACUCGUACUACUGGAAAACAAACUACAGAAGCAAGAAAUAGAGCAACCAGAGUUCCAAGCAAGCCUGCAAAGAAGGUAUUUGAUGGUGUAUACCCACCUCCAAGAUCUGGAAAUACAGGAACAAAGCCAAAGGUUACACCAAGUGCUCCAAAGACAUCAUCUAGUAUUAUUCCAAUUAAUGCAAGAAAGCUGCGGAAUAAUCAGGAUAAGCCUAUGGAAGUAGACGAAACAGUACCUCAAAAAGUUGCCCGUACUAUUACUAAAAACGCACCCAAACAUAAAAGUGCAACCAAGGAGAAAACACCAAAACGACCGGGAAGACAGUCUGAAAUCUCCAAGCAGGUCAAGGCCACCAAAACACCUAUGACUGUUACUUUGGAAACCAUGUUGGGUAUAUCUCCUGAAGUAUCCAGUAUUCUAUAG